GAUUCUGCGAUAUUUGGACGCGCCCUCACUUCCGAGUGUCUGGGGGCUUUAAGGGUAAAUAACAAUACCAUAGGGGGCUUAUGUGUGUGUGUUGCCAAGAGAGCACUGUGUUAGGAGUUUAGAUGCCGCAGAUCCGGCAUGCUUUGAAUCACUCCAUUUGGCCUCUUAUUAAAUGUGGCAAGAAAUGAAUAAACCCAAAAUGGCAACUGAAAAAGGUGCUUCCCGAGUGCUGAUGUUGUUGGGUCAGCUGGAAAGACUUAAUGAAGGGCCCAAAGCCUCUGAUACAGAUGCCACCCGACAGAUCACAGGCAGAAUCCUUCACAUCAUCCAGACUCAAGAGAAGACCCGUAAGGAGAUGAUGUCUAAAGGCUCCAGUGGGAUGGAUGUUAUUCUCUCUACUCUAGAGAAUACACGGGAUUUGCAGACCACCCUGAACAUCCUCAGUAUUUUAAAUGAACUGUUGACAGUGGGUGGAGGACGCAGGACCGGAGUGUUUGUGUCUAAGGGAGGAACUGCAAUUCUGCUGCAGCUGCUGGUGAGCUCCAGCAAAGACCUUCCUCUAAAUGAAGAACUAAUGCUGCACAUUCACUCUUUACUGUUUAAAGUCGGCCCGAAAGAUGACAUCACUUCCUCUUCAGACAGGAAGUUUGGUGUUAAAGCGCGCCUGAACGGUGCACUGAAUGUGACGGUGAAUCAAGUAAAGCACAAUCUGCAGAACCACAAGCUGCUGUUGCCAUGCCUACAGGUGCUGCGGGUUUACUCGGGCAACUUGGUAAAUGCAGUUUCUCUGGGAAAGAGUGGUGCUUUGGAGCUCAUGUUUGAAAUCAUCGGACCCUUCAGCAAAAAGAGUACCACUUUGCUCAAGGUGGCCUUGGACACACUAGCAGCGUUACUGAAGUCCAAAAUGAAUGCACGGUGGGCAGUGGACAGAGGGUAUAUGCCCACUCUACUAGCCAUCUACCAGGACUGGCACCGUAACGACACACGCCAUCGUCACAUGAUCAUUCGCAAGAGCAUUCUGGGAUGUAUUAAAAACCUCACAAACAUUAAACUUGGCAGGAAGGCCUUCAUAGAUGCCAACGGCAUGAGGAUCCUUUAUAACACAUCCACUGAGUGCCUACCCGUCCGGACACUAGAUCCUCUGGUCAAUACCUCCAGCCUAAUUAUGAGGAAGUGCUUUCCAAAGAACCGCCUACCACUGCCUACCAUUAAAAGUGUCUAUCAGUACCCGCUACCACACAUAUUAGCUGGUGGACCAGUUGCACAGCUUCACAGCCUGCCUCCAGGAGUGGAUGAUGUUGUUGACGAGAGUGAUGAGAAUGAAGGCACAGAGGUUGACACAGAAAAUGACACGGAAAAUGAGGAUGAUGAAACGGGUCAUAAAACACAGAAUGAUGACAUUGAGACGGAUAUCAACAAAUUACGUCCCAGACAGAUGCAGGCACGUCCGUUUGAUGAGCUGAGAGUCUACGAGCGUUUCUGUCUUGAAUUCACACAGUAUUUUAAGGUUAAUGACUUUCAAAGCCCUGGAUCUGUCACGCCUCUAAGCGUUGACCCAAAUCUUCAUAACCCCCUCAUCAUUCCCACCAAGCAAAACAGACGGCCAAAGAACAUUCAGCCACCGCGGUCAAAUGACCCCCCUCUGGAUCUGGACAGCAUCUCCAUAUCAAAGGCCCUAGAGGGCAAACCCGACCCUGAUCUGGCAUGUAGUUUGGGUCGGCUGGUUCUGGACGGUGAGAUCUCUGUGAAUGGAGAAUCUGUGAAUGGGCCACAGGAGGAGAGCGGGGACCAGGCGGUAAUUGAGGUGCCAGAUACAGCUGCACUGCUGCCGCUACACGACCCUGAUCUCUACUUGGAGAUGGUGAAGGGCACCCGUUCAGUGCCCGCAUACACAGAGGUUGCAUACCCUGAUUACUUUGGCCAUGUGGCACUUAACCUCCGCGAACCCAUACUAGAGAGGGCUUAUGGGGUGCAGAGCAGAACGAAGAUCUUCCAGGACAUUGAGAGGCUUAUUCACCCCAGUGACAUACUCGAUAGAGUCGUGUAUGACUUGGACAAUCAGAGUUGUCCAAUUCCUGAUAAUGGGGAGUCCCUCAAGUUCAACUCUAAAUUUGAGUCUGGAAAUCUUCGCAAAGCAAUACAAAUCCGAAAGUUUGAGUAUGACUUGAUCCUGAACUCUGAUAUCAACAGUAAUCACUAUCACCAGUGGUUUUAUUUUGAAGUGGGCAAUAUGCGCCCGGGAGUUCGAUAUCGAUUCAACAUCAUCAACUGUGAGAAGUCCAACAGCCAAUUCAAUUAUGGUAUGCAGGUGCUGAUGUACUCGGUACAGGAAGCCAUAAACGGCAGUCCCCAAUGGGUUAGAACUGGAUCAGAUAUCUGCUACUACAAGAAUCAUUUCUCACGAAGCUCCAUUGCGGCCGGAGGUCAAAAGGGCAAAUCCUACUUUUCCAUGACCUUUACUGUGACCUUUCAGCAGAAAGAUGAUGUUUGUUACUUUGCCUACCAUUACCCAUACACUUACUCAAUGCUGAAGAUGCAUCUGCAGAAGUUAAGCGGAAUGUGUACCAAUGAGAUCUACUACAGACAGGAUGAACUGUGUGAAACACUGGGUGGAAACAGCUGCCCUCUGCUCACCAUCACAGCCAUGCCAGAGUCCAGCAGCAAUGAGCACAUCAGCCAGUUCAGGAGUCGUCCGGUGGUGUUUCUGUCCUCGCGGGUUCAUCCAGGUGAGACUAACUCCAGCUGGGUGAUGAAGGGUUCUCUGGAGUUUCUCAUGAGCUGCAGUCCUCAAGCUCAGAGUCUGAGAGAGAGCUACAUCUUCAAGAUCAUCCCCAUGCUCAACCCUGAUGGAGUCAUCAACGGCAAUCAUCGUUGUUCUCUGAGCGGGGAGGAUUUAAACAGACAGUGGCAGAACCCCAAUGCAGAGCUGCACCCCACCAUCUAUCACGCCAAGAGUCUCCUGCAGUAUCUCAGAGCUACAGGAAGAACUCCUCUGGUGUUCUGCGAUUAUCAUGGUCAUUCACGGAAGAAGAAUGUGUUCAUGUACGGGUGUAGUGUAAAGGAGACUGUAUGGCAGACCAAUGUCAACACCAGCAACUGUGACCUGCAUGAGGACCUGGGAUACAGGACUCUGCCUAAGCUGCUAUCUCAGAUGGCUCCAGCAUUCAGCUUGUCCAGCUGCAGUUUUGUUGUGGAACGAUCCAAAGAGGCCACGGCUCGUGUGGUGGUGUGGAGAGAGAUUGGCGUCCAGCGCAGUUACACUAUGGAGAGCACCCUCUGUGGUUGUGACCAAGGCAAAUACAAGGGUCUCCAGAUUGGCACAAGAGAACUGGAGGAGAUGGGAGCUCAGUUUUGUGUGGGUCUGCUCAGGCUGAGACGCUUCACAAACCCCUUAGAGCUCCACAACCACAACUCACAUCUGCUGGACAUGGAGAAUGACCUAAAAGAUCCUCGCAGCAUACCAAACAUCACCAGUCCCACCACAUAUGUGUUGGAGGAGGAUGAGCCAGCAUUUCUGGAGGAAGUCGACUACAGCGCAGAAAGCAAUGAUGAAAAUGACCCUGAUUUUGAACCUGAUCUCCAGGAUAACCGUGUCCUCCCGGACCCCAGCUCUGACUCUGAGAUCAGCCGCCAAGACUCUCUUACCUGAAACUGCACCAGAAUCACAUUAGUCCCAAAGGCUCUAGCUGAACUUGACUCUUAGCCCAAAACUUACCGGUUGUUUGCCUGUGUUAUAUAUCACCUGUGAUUGCCUACUUUAUAGAAUUCUGUUUCAACGUCUAUGUUAGCAAGAUUUACCUGAAUCAGAAUAACCAAACCUCAAGCUCAGCUUUAUGUCUGCAAACCUAAACAAAUGCACCUCAAAACAUCUUGCUGAAGAUCCUUAAAUACAUUUCAGGCCAUGGCACGUGUAGUUAGAGUUGUAGUUAAGAGUUGUAGCUCAGUAACAGUUUGUAGAAAUUGGUAUGGAACCAGAUCGGAAUAGUAAUAGUUUGCCCAAAAAUGAAAUUUCUGUCAUUAAGUUUUUUUAUUUGUUAUUAACUAAACUAAGAAAAAUCAUAAUUGUAAUAGUCCCUAUAAUUAGAAGUUGAAUUCAGUUCUUAAUUCUAUUCAUGACAAAUUGGAAAUGUCUUUAUUUAAUUAUGGCUCUAUAUUAGGAAAGAUCAUUACCAUUUCACAAAUAUCCAUUUUUCCUUAAUUCCAUAUUGACAUAUUAUUAAGAACCGAUGGUACGACUGUAAUCCUGAUACAACUCGACUUGUAUAACAAACUCAUCACAGAAGCAAAUGUACAACAAAAACUGGACAACAAUGUAAUCUAAUGAAUGUAACCACUCUUAAUCUCACAAGAAUGCUCACCUGCGCACUUCCUGUGGAGUCCUGAUGGGGUCACCAUGAGGUCACAGUCUUAGAUCAGUACGGUUCAUGUGAGUGUGUGCACAGCACUUUUGUGGCUGUAUUUGCUUUUCAAUUAGGAGAGCUUGUGUAUUUUAAUUUAGAUGUCAAUAUUUCUUUCUUCGUUACGUUUGUAUAAUUAGUUCAUGUCUUUUAAUUUAUUUUAUUAUUGUUAUUUGUUUAUUUGGGUGAAAGCUAGGGUAAAACUUGAUUUUGUGUGUGUGUGUGUGUGUGUGUGUGUGUGUGUGUGUGUGUGUGUGUGUGUGUGUGUGUGUGUGUGUGUGUUGUGUGUGUGUUGUCAGCAGAUGGUCAAUUUAUAUAAUGUGUGUAUAAGGUUGCAAAAAACACACAUGAGUACAUUUGGUUGUGUUUGUCCAUCUUUGAUGGGAAAUAUGGGUAAUAAACACCUAAGUUAAGACGAUCUGUC